CGCGCGAGGGACGGCUGGCAAAAGCGGAGCGGGCGGGCGGCUCCAGGAGCCAUGGCGACCUACGUGAGCGAGCUGGAAGCGGCCAAGAAGAACCUGAGCGAGGCUUUGGGCGAGAACGUGAAGCAAUACUGGGCUAAUUUGAAGCUGUGGUUUAAGCAAAAGAUCAGCAAAGAAGAGUUUGACCUAGAAGCGCGGAGGCUCCUCACACAAGACAAUGUCCAUUCUCACAAUGACUUCCUGUUGGCUAUUCUCACACGAUGCCAGAUCUUGGUUUCUGCACCUGAGGGUGCUGGCUCUUUGCCAUGGACAGGAGGUUCUGCAACAAAACCAGGGAAGCCCAAGGGAAAGAAAAAGUUUUCUUCCGUUCGGCAGAAGUUUGAUCACCGAUUCCAGCCUCAGAAUCCAUUAUCUGGAGCUCAGCAGUUUGUGGCCAAGGACCCCCAAGAAGAUGAUGAUCUGAAGCUCUGUUCACAUACAAUGAUGCUUCCCACUUGGGGCCAACUGGAGGGAAGGAUGAUUGUCACUGCUUAUGAGCACGGACUGGAUAAUGUCACUGAAGAGGCGGUGACAGUUGUUGUCUAUGCUGUGGAGAAGCAUCUUAAAGAUAUCCUUGCAUCUAUAAUCUCAAGGAGAAAGGCCUACCGUCUCAGAGAUGGUCACUUCAAGUAUGCCUUUGGAAGCAAUGUGAAUCCACAGCCUUAUCUGAAGAAUAGCGUUAUUGCUUACAACAACUUAACUGAGUGCCCUCCCACAUGCUUAGCUCCCCCUCCUGGUCAAAACCUUGCUUCCCACCCACCUCCUGAUGAUGCUGAGCAGCAAGCAGCCCUCCUCCUAGCAUGUUCUGGAGACACCUCUCCAGCAACUCUGCCACCAGUGAACAUGUAUGACCUCUUCGAAGCUCUGCAGGUCCACCGAGAAGUGGUUCCCGCACACACAGUCUAUGCCCUCAAUAUUGAAAGGAUCAUCUUGAAGCUCUGGCAUCCAAACCACGAGGAGCUGCAGCAGGACAAGAUCCACCGGCAGCGGCUGGCUGCAAAGGAAGGGCUCCUGACAUGCUGAGGCAGAAGCAGUGCCCAGUGCUCACUAUAUAGGCUGAGCUGGUAUCUCCUGGACCUGCCGGUUGGGCAUUUUGACACACACACACAAAAAACCCCACAGGACUUGCAUUAUUGUGCCAGCUUUCCCAAGUGGAAAUGUGGACUUCUUUCCUAUGGAAAUAUUACUU